AUGGAGAACUUGAUCGGCGCUGAUGGGAGCCACGUGAGCGGUACAGCCUCGUCUGGUGGUGAACGCUUCUCUCCCGUUGAACCCUCGCCGUCGUCGUCCAGAACGAUGAAGAAGCUCUUUGGCAGAGACAAGCCAAAGCCGACGAGGGUCGUCCCUGCCAACCGCGACUCCGCCGCCUCAGAGGUCGAGGUCGACGACCUCUCGCCGCCGCUCUUUGCCCAGAAGUCAGACUCGGAGGUCUCCCUCCACGACCUCGACGCUUCCCCGACACCGACUCACUCUCGUCCCAGCCCACCGCUGCUGUCCCACAGCCGUCCCCAGCCGCACUCGUCCCCUCAGCUCCAGCAGCAGCAGUCCCAGCACACCGUUCGCAGCACCCAUGGCCACCCUCACAGCACCCACUCACACUCGCACCACUCCCAACCCCAGCACCCUCCCACCCACAAGGACGGCCACAUCCGCACCCACUCCGAGGACGAGGACGCCGCCUGGCACGUCGUCGACGGCACCAACCUCACCGCCUCAGACCCCGCCCUCGAUCCCCCCCGCGCCCUCCCCGCCUCCCGCUCCUCUUCUCUCGCAUCACUUCCUCCCGGCGCUUCUGCCCCCGUUCCUUCUCCGCUAGCUCCACGGCCAAGUUCCCCCUUCGCCGUCCCCGCGUCCAUUCGCACCGCGACUCCCAAGGAGCAGCAGCACUUUGCACGAGACAGAGGCGACAGCCAGGCAAGUCUCGCACAGCUCCCCCCACAGCCCCAGCGCAGACCCCCUGCCGCCCUCAACAUGAUCAAGUCCCUCGAUCCCCAGUUCGAUCCGGCACGGGACAGAGAGCGCGAGCGCGAGGCCUGGCGCGGAACGGACGACAGCCUGAACACCCAGAGCGAUGGGUCGAGGGAGGAAAAGGACAGGCGGGAGAAGAAGGGCCUCUGGGACUGGGCCACGCAGGGCAUGGAGCGCGAACGCGACAAGCGGCUGCACAGAGAAAAGGAGAAGGAGAAGGAAGAGGAGGAACACCACGAGAUCACUCGCAUGAUCGGUGCGUUCAUUGCACUCUUCUCCUCGUCCCAGCCCUCCUCAUUCCCCUCACCAGGCUAUCUCUCCGCCACCGCGAGCGAGAACUGGUCCAUCGUUCUCGAGGUCUGUGAGCGUGCGUCCGCCACAGAGGCAAACGCAAAGGAGGCCGCCAAAGCCCUCAAGCGUGAAUUCAAGUACGGUGAGGCGCCACAGCAGCUGUCUGCCGCUCGACUAUGGGCCAUCAUGCUUCGCAAUUGUUCCGAUACGUUCAUUCAUCAAUGCCUCGGCCGCAAGUUCCUCGACACCAUCGAGGACGUCCUCCAAUCUUCGAAAACUUCUCCCGUCGUGCGCGAGCGGAUAGUGGACGUGCUCGGCGCAGCCGCCUUUGCCUCCCAACCCUCGAGAGACCAAGGCGUCCGUAUGAUUUGGAGAAAGUACAAACCAUCAGGAAAACCUGACGAGGGCGUACCCUUCGAACCAGACGACGCGAUGUUUAAUCCACCAGAACCAAAACGUUCAUCGACCUACGGCAUCCCUCCCGGCUGGGUCUCCGUACAGGCGCCCAGCCCGACCCCCACCCAGCAGCUAUCUGUCACAUCUCACCGACCGGUCAGUCCCUGUAACCCUUUCUCCGUUUCCGUUUUCCUCUUCGCCGACGAACCUUUGUUCAUCAUUCCCUUUUCGGGCGUCGACUCGUCGGCAUUCGCCACCUGA